GCUAAAAACACACCUACAAACAAGAAAAAGAGAUCAGGAACCCUAAAAACAAACCCAAGGAAAAGGGGAAGAAGAAGGAAACAUCAAACGAGAGACCGAACGAAUCACAGAGAGAGUGCCGAUGAUGCAGUCUCUCUUCUUUCAAUCUCUCUCUCAACAUUUCCAGGACGAUUAACGUCAUUACAUUAAUCCAUCCUUAAUUCGGAUUUCUCAUUUCCCUUCCAUUGCUCUUCCCCAUUCCGUUCUGGUUUAAUGAGUGCAGCUUAAGGAAACGAACUUUCUUUCUUCCUCCCCUGAUAUCGAUUUCAAUGGACAGUCGGCUGCGGGCAUUUUCGUCGCCGGAAUUGGUGAAUGCUGCCGCCGUAGCUAUUAACCAUAACCCUUCGUCGACGAUCAGCCAACCCCAACAACCCUCUCAGGAUUACAGCUUAGAAGGAAUCGCGGCGAACGUGAAGCUACUUCUGAAAGUGAUUCGGGAUCACAAUGAGGCGAGCGCCAGAGAGUUCGACGACCGGAAAACCCAGAGGGUCGCCGGGAUGAUCACCAUCCUCGACGACAUUAAAGCCCGGCUGGAGAGAUCCCAGUCCAAUUCGAAGAAAAGGGUUGCCCAGCUGCGGCGGUGCAACACGGAUCUCAGGCCGAAUCGCGGCGGAGGAGGGGCCGCCGCCACCGCCGAGAAGAAGGCGCCGGAGACGACAGCCAUGACCGACGACAAGGAGAAGCUGAAGAAACAGCUGAGCUCGUGCAAGGCGGCGAGGAAGAGCCUGGAGAUGCUGUGCUCGAGCUUGGGGAAAGAGAAGGAGAUCAUGGUUUCCCAACUGGCCAGGAGGGUGAGCGAGCUAAGCGAGAUGGAGGAGCUCGUCAACCUUCUCAAAGCUCAGAACGAAACCUUGACGUCCAAGCUCCAGGCCUCCGGCGGAUUGACAGGGGAAUGUCAGGCAGGGAGCAACAACAACAGCAACAGCAGCAACGCCGUGCUGCUAGAUCGGAACGAGCAGCUCUCCGACCAACUGCUGAAGUCGCUGGACAGCUACAGGGCUCUGAAGAGGAAGUACAAGGGAGCCAAGGAGGAGUGCUCGGCGCUACGAGCGGCUGUGGAGGAGGAAACGGCGGCGGGUCUGGCGAGGAUCCGGAGGUUGAUACAGAAGUUGGAUAAUAGGGAGGAUGAGCCGGUGCAUAUUGAAGGUGAGAUUCGCUCCCUGGAGAAGAUGUUUGAGCAGUUCAAGGUGAAGAUCUUGAAGGAGGAGGAGAAGAGAGGCCAGCAUGGGAGUAAACCAGCUCCUUCUUCUUCUUCCCACCACCAUGGUCGCCCAUGAGUGCAAUCCUUCUUGGUUUGCUUCUGUAAUUGGCCUAGUUUCAGACAGUUUAGUUGUGUAUCAUUCCAGGCUCUCUGUAACAUAAAACAUUAAGCUUUGC